AUGGCACAGAGGAAUCAUUCCAUGGUGGCUGAGUUCAUCCUCAUUGGACUAACAGAGAAAACAGAGCUGCAGCUGCCCCUGUUCCUCAUCUUCCUAGGAAUCUAUGUGUUUACAGCAGUGGGAAACCUGGGCAUGAUCAUGUUGAUUCUGUUUAGUCCUCCACUCCACAAACCCAUGUACUAUUUUCUCAGCAGUUUGUCCUUCAUUGACUUCUGUCAGUCUACUGUCAUUACCCCUAAAAUGCUGGUGGACCUAAUGACAGAAAAGAAUGUCAUCUCCUACCCAGAAUGCAUAGCUCAGUUCUACUUCUUCUGUACUUUUGCAGUUGCAGAGUGUCACAUGUUGGCUGCAAUGGCUUAUGACCGCUAUGUUGCCAUCUGUAACCCAUUGAUGUACAAUGUUGCAAUGUCCUAUCAAAUCUGUUCCUGGAUGGUAGGUUGGGUAUAUGUUACAGGUCUAAUUAUUGCCACAAUUCACACAGUCUUCUUGCUAAGAGUGAUUUUUUGUAAAGGUAAUAUAAUAAACCAUUACUUCUGUGAUAUUUUUCCAUUACUGGAGCUUUCCUGCUCUAAUACUUUUAUCAAUAAAACACUAGCUCUGAGCUUCAGUGCAUUUAACAUCAUUGUUCCAUCUCUGACCAUCCUUAGCUCUUACAUUCUCAUCAUUGCUAGCAUCCUCCACAUUCGUUCCACGGAGGGCAGGUCCAAAGCUUUCAGCACCUGCAGCUCACACAUAACAGCUGUUGCUGUCUUCUAUGGAUCUUUAGCAUUCAUGUACCUUCAGUCAUCCUCAGUCAGUUCCAUGGACCGAGGGAAAGUAUCAUCUGUGCUUUAUACCAUUGCUGUGCCCAUGCUCAACCCUCUGAUCUACAGUCUGAGGAAUAAAGAUGUCAAAGUUGCCCUGAAGAAGUUACUGGAGAGAAACUUUCCCUGA